GGAAUAUAUAAAAAAAAAAGUUAUAAAGAAUGGGUUAUAGCGAAUGGUCAGAUGAAGAAAGUUCAUCUCGUAACCAUGGGCGUGAUAAAUUCCGUCAUGAACGCAGUGUCGAACGUGACAGAGCCUAUGGUAACGAUGAGUAUGAACGCUACGACCGAAAGAAGCGCGGUCGUCGUAGCCCUACUCCUCCUGAAGGUAUAUAAUUUACAAAUUAACUACACAUUUUCAAACAUCUCUACUUUCUUUUUCUUAUACAAUACUCUCCCAUCUAUUUCUAUAUCUACCACUCUUUUUUUUAUAUAUUUUCUUUACCUACUCUUAAUUCUUUAAAUCCAAAAAAAAAGAACGCAGACACAAAAGAAGACCAUCGUUUUCACCACCACCCAUGAGAAACUAUCAAAACUCGAGACCCAACAGAAUCGAAAGAGACAUGAGAAAUGAUCCGGACACCGAUCAUUACAUUCCCAACUAUGAACGCGAUGGAUAUGUACCUGGUCCUCGUUAUGGGAAUAAGCCUGAAGUAGUGUCAAACCCUCCCUUUGCCGGUCCUAAUAAUUCUGGUCCUGGUGGGUUUCCUAUGAUGGAUAUGAUGAAUCCCCAAAUGGUAAAUGGAGGUUGGGGUGGCAACGUUGGAAGGUUCUCUAUAGAUCCUAAUCAACUGGAUUAUCUCGUUCCAUUCAAACAAUUUUAUGAUUACACACGUAGAACCGCCACUAGACGUAUUGAUGAUGAAGAUAUGCAAAAGCGGUAUGCACAUUAUAAAGAGAAAUUUGCUGCUCGUCAACUUGCUCAGUUCUUUGUCGCUAAUAAGGAUAAGGAAUGGUUUCAAGAAAAAUAUCAUCCCAAGUUAUCACAACCUCGUUAUCAAGAUAUCAAGUUGCGUAGAAAACGGUAUUUAAACAACUUUUUAAAAGAGCUGGAAAAUGGUGAUUAUGAUGAUGUGCGUUUUGAUAAUGAUGGACAAGGAAACCUUACACCUCCCCCCGCUGAAAUCGAUGACAGUACAACAGAGACAGACGCACCAAAACCGGAUGAAAGCAAUAGCAAUGAUGAAUAUGAGACACGAUUGGUCAUCAAAACCGUUCCUCCCACUAUCCCCAGAGAGAAAAUUUUGGAGAUGUGCAAUAAAGUGGAUGGCUUUGAUUAUUUAUCCCUUUCAGAACCUGGACCCAACAAGAAAUUUCACAGAAUUGGUUGGAUCAGUUUUAAGGAAGGCACUGAUAUGAAAAAGGCAUUUGAACUUAUGGAUAAUCAAAAGGUGGACGAUUUUGUCUUCCAUUUAGCUAUGAAUCGUAAGGAUGCUGUCACAACACGUGUUCCACGUAUCGCUCCUGAUAUCUCCAACACCACCGAAAGAUUACAAAAAGAUCUCGAACAGGCCAAAGAGCUUGCUUUAGCUCUUGAAGCUAUUUUAGGUGAAGAUAUUCCAGAUGGAUUAAAAGCCGUAGAGGCGCGUGCUCAAAUGGUCAUUUCUGAGCGCGUUAAACCAGAAGAAGAAGAUGUAAAGAAGGAAGGCAGUGAGGAUGGAAAGGUUGAUGAUGAGGAUAAUGUUGAUAGAUGGAAUUUAAAAAAGAUGUUAGAUAUGAUUAUUAUAUAUUUAAGACGCGUUCAUAUGUAUUGUUACUACUGUGGCCUCGAAUGUGAUUCUCUUGAAGAGCUGAACAAAAAGUGUUGCGAACCUCAUUGUCGUGCCACUGCCAGUAAUGUCAUUGAUGAAAUGAAUGAUCCCAAACAAAUAGCAAAGAACGAGCGAGGAGUCGCACAAUGGGCCAAGAACUUGGAUCAAAAAAUUUCAAUGAAAAUUCAUACACCUGAUGAUCGUGAACUCAAACGAUUAGGUGGACGUGUUUUGCAAUCUGAGAUUGAUGAUUACGUAAAAGAGCAUGUGUUGAAGGAGCAUGAAUCAAAAUACAAGUGCCAAGUCGGCGAAUGUUCAAAAGCAUUUAAAGGAUUUGAUUAUGUCGAAAAGCAUAUUCUGUCCAAGCAUCCCGAAGAAAUUGAACGUAUAAAGGGAGAAGUGGAAUAUUACAACAAUUAUGUGUGUGAUCCCAACCAUUUGAUCCCUAGUCCUAACACAAAUCAUUUAAUGAAUCCUUUGCCGAAUAAUAUGUCUUUUGGCCAACAAGCACAACCAUUCAUGAUGGCUCCUGGACCUGGUGGGCCUGGUAACAUGCGACCUCCUCCUUUACCAAUGGGCGGUAUGCAUGGCGCGGUUGCUGGUACACCUUGGGAUCAGAUACCUCGUAUUGGCUUUGGUGCUGAUAAUGCACCUGCAGGUUGGACAACUGCCGUCAAUGCUGCACGAAGAGCAAGAAUACCAGGCGUCAUGGAUCCUGAGGAUUCUCUUCCUAAAGAUCCCCGCCAAGUCAAGUCAUACGUUGAUCUGGAUGCUCCUGCUGAAGGUGAUUCGAACAUCUCAUUCUAUUAAGUUUUUUUUUCUUCAAACGCCUCUUCUCUUUUUUUUUAUAUCUCCCACACAAAUACACAAUUUUAAAAAAAUAAACUCUUGUAAAAAAUAAACAAUUUU